AUAGAAAGAAAGCUCAGACAAAAGAAAAAGCUUCAGCGAGAGAGAAAAAUGGCAGCAACAAUUCAGUGCUUAUCUUCUUCAUGUUUGGCACUUCCUUCCAAGCUCAGAAGCCUCUCAAUCAGUGGCUCCUCUCACUCGAGCUCUCUGAGUUUCUCCGCUACUCUCUCCCACGAUUUCUUCUCCAAAGGGUGUUUGUCGAUGAAUGCUGUUCAGAGGACGAUGCGUCGCUCUGCAGCUGUUGUUUGUGAGGCUGCUCCCACGAAGAAGGCGGAUUCCGCCGCGAAAAGAGCCAGGCAGGCCGAAAAGAGGCGGAUUUACAACAAAGCUCGGAAAUCUGAAGUCAAAACCCGCAUGAAGAAGGUUUUGGAAGCUUUGGACACACUAAAAAAGAAACAAGACGCUCAGGCAGAAGAGGUUCUUCCUGUCGAGAAGUUGAUCGCUGAGGCAUACUCUAUCAUCGACAAAGCAGUUAAGGUUGGAACAUUACAUAGGAACACCGGAGCACGCAGAAAGUCUCGAUUAGCCAGAAGAAAGAAGGCUGUAGAGAUUCACCAUGGUUGGUACACCCCUACUCCUGCAGCAACUGCCUGAUAAAAGCCGACUUUAGGUUUCACCGUAUCAACAGAGGAGAAUGCUAAGAUGAUAUACACAACUGCUUGUUUUUGUGACAUGUAUUCCUUUUUCCCCUUGGCUUUGUGCACAUAUUUGCACCUAUUAUUUCCAUUUUCCCUUAAAAUAGUACGUACAAAUUGAUUUUAGCAUCUUUCCUGGUU